AUGCCGCAGACAUCGGACUUCUACAGGUAUAGAGAACUGGACGGAUCGAAGCAGCAGAUCCGUCUCGCAAGAUUGUUGCGAUCUCAACCUGUGGCCAAUACGCUAUACAAGCGCGACUUCAUUUACUGCGAACUUGAGAUAUUCGACAUCAACACUGCACCCGAGUUCAUCGCUCUGUCAUACACUUGGGGUGGAUCAUCAGAUAAUAGGUAUAUCGCUAUCGAUAACAAGCUGCUCGCUGUUAGAAUGAACUUGUUCGAUUUCCUUUCCGCCUUUCGCUCAGACGAAGCCAAUACCCAGUACCUCUGGAUCGAUCAGAUAUGUAUCAACCAGCAGGACACGGCGGAACGCAAUCAUCAAGUUCGCCUAAUGGCUCGAAUUUACUCCGAAUGCAUCUAUGUCAUCGUUUGGUUGGAUCUGUCUUCGUUAAGAGCAGCGCGAAGGUACUCCAAGAACAGGAAUGCCGAGAAUACUGAGGCUAUCCUGAGAAACCGUUACUUCACGCGUCUAUGGAUCGUGCAGGAAGUAAUGUUGCCCAAAAAGGCACAUAUCCUGUGCGGUCACGUCUGGAUGGACUGGGAUGUCCUCUUCAAGGCUGCAUUCAUGGGCUGCGAAGACCCCCGAGACAAGCUAUACGGUAUGCUCGGCCUCAUUUCUGAAACGCUACGGCCUAUCGUGGAUUAUUCCAACACCAGGGAAGACGUCUACCUUGAUGCCAUCAGAAUCCUUGGUCCAUUUUUCUGCAUGAACGCCUCGAAUUGGUGGUGGCAGGACUUACCGUUGAGAAUGGGUGUCCCGUUGGCUCAUGUUGCAUCGUUGCAGCCUUUCGUCACUGCUCUACUUGCUUGUGGACAAAAAGAAAAUAAAGUUGACCCAAUAUGGACUUUGCAAGAUAUGGGCUUUGUAAAAGCAGAUCCAACGCGUGAUCAUCCAGGUCGAUGGUGGUACGAGUACAAAGGCGUACGACAUUACCACGACUGUAUUUCCUCCAAGGACGAGCCUGCAAACUCGGAAGCUGCUUUGUGGUCCUUACUUGAUGCUACGCCUGAACGAGGCUCGGGAGAUCAUUAUGACGAUCAUCAAGCCUUCGAAAACGUUUUCCGCUUUGCCGAUAUGAAGCUCACCGCGAGUUCAAGCGUCUUCUUGACACUCUUUGUGCAUGCAAUUGCUGCCCCCGCGCAUUCGAAGCAGAAACAAAGUUCUUUUAAAUGGCAUUCCACAGAAUCUCUGAUAGCCUUUGGGGAUAGCUACACGUACGUGCAGGGUACUCUCGGCCACCAAAACUACACCUUCAUUGGCGAUGAAUUCAACUUCUCUUUUACGCCCGCACAGCUCUUCUCGAAUCGCAUCGUGCAGAACCUUACGGGAACGGCAGAAGGUGGCCCUAAUUGGGUGGAGCUUUUGACUGGAUGUGGUGUCGAGGAUGGUUUGCACAAUCCAAGAGAGUGCAAUAUGCAGCUCUGGGACUUUGCAUACGCUGGCGCGAACACUAUCGAGGAAGCUGGAUUCACACCCCUUCAUCACAACCAUACUGUCUCACUCGAACGUCAGAUCGAACAGUUUGCCUCCUACGGCAAUCCAGCUCUCGAAUCAAUACACCUAAACAAGAAGAAAGCACUCGUAGCGAUAUGGAUCGGCAUCAACGAUAUCAAUGACCUUGUAUCAACUCAAGGAAAGAACGCAUCCUUUGCACCACUCUACGAGAAGAUUCAGGACCGAGUUUUUGAGAACGUGGAGAAGAUCUAUGAACUUGGCUACAAGAACUUCCUUUUCAUGAAUCUACCGCCUCUGGAUCGUGGGCCAGGCACGCCCAAUGUCAACGCGUCGCUCGUUACUUCUUUCAACAAGAUCCACGCUGCACAUGCCAACGCCUUUCAGUCCAGUCAUAAGGACGUGGAAGUGCUUCAGUUCGAUGUGAACAGUGUUUUGAACUACGUUUUGGAUCAUUCCCAAGAAUACGGUUUCAAAAACAUCACCGACUAUUGCCCUGGAUAUAAUCAGCCAGAUAUCCUGACAAAUCCAAGCCAAUAUGGAUGCACGGACUUGGAUACGUACUUUUGGUACAAUUCAGGGCACCUGACGAGUCGGACGCAUGAGGUCAUGACGAAAGCCUUGAAACGAUGGUUGUCAAAGCAGUAA